AUGGGAGCAGGUGUGUGUCGGCGCGGGCGGUCGGGGCGUCGGGAGAGCGGCGCGGCGCGGAGCGGGGUGCGGAGCGGGGUCCGAGCGAUGGGUCCGCCGGGUCCGUCGUCGUUCUCGCUGUCGGAGGUGCGGCGGCGCUGCGCGGGCGGGGCCUGCUGGGUGCGGCUGGGCCCCAGGCUGUACGACCUGAGCGGCUUCGUGCGCAGCCACCCGGGCGGGGAGCAGCUGCUCCGGGCCCGCGCCGGCGCCGACGUCAGCGCCGACCUGGCCGGCCCGCCCCACCGACACUCGCUGAACGCCCGGCGGUGGCUCGAGCACUACUACGUCGGGGAACUCCGGGGCCACGCGACGAGUCCAGAAGAGAAGGGACCCACUCCCCAUUCCGGAGCUGCCGAGAGAGAUCCCAAGAUGGAUACGAGGUGCAGAGUUGCGGACCUGGAGAAGGAUCUGGUGGACUGGCACAAGCCCCUGCUGUGGCAAGUGGGUCACCUCGGGGAGAAGUACGACGCGUGGGUGCACCAGCCCGUGGACAGGCCCAUCCGCCUCUUCCAUUCUGACUUCGUGGAGGCCUGUUCCAAAACCACCUGGUACAUGGUCCUGGUUGUUUGGGUCCCGCUGGUGCUGUACUUCAGCUGGCUCUGCUUCAGCUCGCUCGCUCAGGAGAAUGUCCGGCUCUUCACAACCUUCACCUCAGAGUACUCCAUCCCCGUUCCCAAGUACGUGUUCCCGCUGUUCUUUGCCCUUGGGAUGUUCCUGUGGACCAUGGUGGAGUAUCUCAUUCACCGCUUCCUGUUCCACAUGAAGCCUCCCGCCAGCAACUCUUAUCUCAUCAUGCUGCACUUCCUCGUUCAUGGCCAACACCACAAGUCACCCUACGAUGGCUCCCGCCUGGUGUUCCCCCCGAUACCCGCUUCUCUAAUGAUAGGGGCCUUCUACCUGUUGCUCCGCUUCAUCCUGCCUGAGGCGGUCGGUGGGUCCGUCUUCGCCGGAGGCCUGUUGGGCUACAUCAUCUACGAUAUGACGCAUUACUACUUGCACUUUGGCUCACCCCGCAAGGGCUCCUACCUGUAUGGACUAAAGGCCUAUCACGUCAAACACCACUUUGAGCACCAAAAGUUAGGGUUUGGAGUCUCCACCAGGUUCUGGGAUCAUUCCUUCCACACCCUCAUCCCAGAGGAAACCUUCCAGAAGGAACAAUAACACCACCUCAUCCCUUCUUCAAUUCUCCAGUCAGGCCAGCUCAUCUCCAGUGCCGCUCCAACCUUCCCUAUCUCUCCGCCUCCCCUCCCUCCCUCCCCACCCUAGGGCGGGACUCCAGAGAAUGCCACCCGGCCGGAUGGGAAGGGAUCUAGGGGCCCAGGAGUCCGAAAGAACAGAGGAAAGAGCCAGUGCUUCCCAGGGCGGGGGGAGUCUUGACCUGGGAAAUGGGGACACACUCAGGGUUCUUCCAAGGAAGAGUUAAGGGGGCCAAGUGCCUUCGUACGGACCCCGGACACUCCUGACUCGGAGGCGUCAGUCCCUCGGGCCAGUGGUUCCUCUGAGCAACUCAGCCCCGGAGCCCCUCGUCUCCCCUGCCCGGAGUCUCAUCCGGUCCCCGCUUCCUCUGGCCGGAGUGUCGGUGGGUCGAAGGGCCAGGUGGGGCCCUGAGUAGAUAGGAUGCAGCCCCCAGAGGGGAAUGAAGGAAACAGACCCCUCAGGAAGGGGGAUUGGGGGGGAGAUCAAGUUGCUGGGGUCAAGCAGAGAACCUCAGAUGCCCUGGUGGAAGAUCCCUGGUGCUGGAUGCACGCCAACCAUCUAAAGCAAGGGAUCGGCAGUUGGUACAGGGCUGGGGGCUGAUGCUGCUGGAUUUUCCAAGCGCUUUACCCCUAUAAAUGGUUCUUCUCUCUUCCCUGGAGUGUGUCUCACUGCUCUCUCUGAGGGGCCCUGACUGCUCAGACCCUCUCCUCCUUGGGAGAACAAAAGGGAAAGGAAGAGACUAGGGUCUCUAGUCCUUGUUGUCCUCAAGCGUAUGAUGGGCUCCCGUCGACUGAGCAGAGAGAUGCUCACUUUGUGCCGCAGGCCAACAGCCUGGGGUGGAGGCCGUCUCUGUCGGGCUCCUCCGUCCCAUCCAUCCUCUGAAAUGCCCACCACAAGUGCCUAUGGCCAAGCCAAAUUGCUCUCUAUCUGAGCCCCGCCCUGGCACCGCAAGGAAUCUGUGGCAUUCGCUCAGGAAGAACCUGCCCCGCAGAGGUCCGGAGCCUGGGCGUCAGUGCCAAAGAACUUUGCAGAAGGGACCGGCUUCUUGCCUGGUCUUUGGAGGGGCUGCCCGAGGCGCGGGAGGCCAGCCAAAGAUGCCAACCUGCAGUUUCCCUCUCCCAGAGCACCGACUCUAAAAAACUGCGACUUUCCUCAGUCUCUCCGACCCUCGCUGCAUUGAGAAGCCGCCGAGGCCAGCAGAGAGAGGGAGUUCCAAGAGAAUCCAGUCCGCACAUCCCGCUCCCCCUUCUGCAUGUCCUGCAGCCCACCCCCCACCACCACCACCUUCCACUUUCCUCAGAACCCACCUCCUGCCUCCCAUCUCCUACACGUCCUGCCCUCCACUUUCCAUCUCCCCCUGCCUCCCUGCAACCCUGCCACCUGAACAAGGCCGCUUUCCCCCAGGGCAGAGAUGUGAAGGAGGCUGCUUUUCCCCCAGCUUGCCUUUCUUCCCUUUCCUUCCCACCACUGCCAUGGCCCGGCCCUCAGGGCCUCACUGGUGUUAGCCAAAGCCUUAGACCAGAGGCUCGCUCAGACUCUCCCGGGGCCUGGUUAAGAACUGUUCCCGAAGCCCCCAAACCCUUAGUCCCCCAGUUUCUGGCUGGAUUUAGGAGCGAGCGGGCUGGGGAUGGACGCCUUGUCCCUCAGUGUUCCUGAUCUCUGCAGCCUCUCUUUCUCUCCCUCUCCAGGCCAAGGAGACCUUCGUUGUUCUUCCCCGGCUCCUCCUAACCCAAUCCCCCUUACUGCUUUCCAGGGGGUCUUAUUUAUAAGCCGUUUAAAACCCUCCUCGCUUGGCUUAUGCCAAAGGGGGGUGAGCUGCCUCUCUCCUAACCCCCGUGCGUCAUUCUCCCAGAAAUGGUUUAUGUUUCUUCCCUCUACAAUUACUACUUGAAGCUUUUUAAAAAUCCAAUGAACGUCAAGGCUUAGAGAUGCAGCUUGGGCUGAUCCUGUGAUUCCUAGUGUUUACUGUGGUGAUAUUUAAAGGUUUUGGACAAAGUAUACAGAGCUGUAAUUGUGAAACAGAGUUGUACAUAAAUUGUUUAUUUUGAAAAAUAAAACCGGAAAAAAAGACAAA